AUGGAGAACGCAUUGGCAUUGAUUCGUGAUGAUGCUGGAGUCUGGAGAGACCAAGAGGGUCAUGUGUGCAAUGAGAGAGGCCAGCGACUUGAUGGACAGGGUAACAUCAUCAGGACGCUGGGUGACUACAACAGGCCUGAGCAAUUCUAUGCAAAUCGGUCUGCGAUUCGCGCUCCUGCGUUUCAGAGGAAUGAUUUUGAGCUCAAGCCUUUGGAGCCAGGAUCACUCACUACUUGGGAAGAGACCAGGAAUGCUUUCCUGCACAACUUCUUCGAUGAUGCUAGAUCUGAGGAGUUGAGGACGAAAAUUUCAACUUUUUCUCAAGAACCAACUGAAGCGUUCAAAGCUGCUUGGGUGAGAUUCAAGUCGUACCAGCGAGAUUGCCCUCAUCAUGGUUUCAGUGAUGUUCAGCUGUUGGGUAUUUUCUUCAGAGGUGUUGAUUGGAGGUAUCAGAUGGCUCUUGAUGCAGCGAGCAAUGGAAACUUCAACACCAGAUACCCAGACGAAGCUGUUGAGCUCAUCGAAAACUUGGCAUCUAGCAAUAGUACCAAGAAUGCAGACUAUCAACGAAGGAAGCAGGCUGGGAACAUGGAUGGAUCGCAAAUUGCUGAGGUGAAGGCUAAGCUUGACUCUGUGCAUAGUCUUCUUGUGGGUAAGAAAUCUGUCAGAUACCCUGCAGGAGUUCAGAAUUUCGGACCAGAUGAAGCUUUUGAGGAAGAGGAUGUUAACUUCAUCAAUGGAGCUGGAUUUCAGGGUCAGAGAUUUGGUUCUGGGCAAGGGAACACGAAUUACAAUGGAAAUAAUCAGAGGAGUACCUUCACAGGUAAUCAGAACUCUUCUGGUUACAGCUCCAAACCUCAGUACCAGACAUCCUACUCCAACAACAAGUUUUCAAGGAACUAUGGUUCUCUUCCUACUCAAACUCCAGAUAAUGAGGUGAAGUCUAUGCUGGAACAGAUUUUGGAAGGUCAGCAGAAGAUGACUGUGGAUUUCAAUGGGAAGAUUGAUGCUCUAUAUCUGGAUCUGAAUGGAAAAAUUGAAGUUCUGAACACUCAUGUCAAGAAGCUUGAUACUCAGGUUGCUCAGACUGCAGAGUCUGUAAAAAGGCAAGAAGGAUUCCUUCCUGGGAAGACUGAUACCAAUCCUAGGCAUUACUGCAGUGCCAUCUCGUUAAGAAGUAGUAAAAAGUUGACUCCUGUGCUGAAAAAGGGUGUUUCUGAGGAUGGAAUCGUGGAGUUGGACGAAUCUGAAGAAAAUUUCGAAGUUGCAGAGCCGGUGUCGAGCGACACCACAACCAGUGUCGCGCGUCACCAAUUGCAGAGCAAAGCUGAUAUUGCUCAAAGUUCGAAAUCUGCUGAGGAAAAGGUUUACAAACCUAAGGUUCCUUACCCAAGGAGUCCUAGGAAGUCCAAGCAGGAGAUAGAUGAUGCCAGAUGCAAGACUUUGAUGGAGAAACUUGUGAUUGAGAUUCCUUUGGUUGAUGCUGUGAAGAUUGCUCCUACUCUCAGACACUAUGUGAAGAGAAUGGUGAAUAAUAAUCUGAGUCAUGAGGAAGGAGUGAUGAUGAUCAAUGAACAGGUCAGUACUGUGAUUCAGAAUAAGAUUCCAGAGAAACUCUCGGACCCAGGAAGCUUUGUUUUGGACUGUUCUAUCUUCUUAGAGAGGUUCAAGAGAUCGCUGUGUGAUCUUGGUUCGAGUGUUAACCUCAUGCCACACUCUGUAGCUGUUAGCCUUGGGAUGACUGACUUCAAGCCAACUAAGAUCUCUUUGAUCCUAGCAGAUCGGUCUAAAAGAAUCCCAAAAGGUGUCUUGGAAGAUGUUCCAAUCAAAGUUGGUGAUUGCAUAAUUCCUACAGAUUUCGUGGUUCUGCAAUAUGGAGAGGAACCCAAAGAUCCUCUUAUCCUGGGAAGAUCGUUUUUAGCUACAGCUGGAGCGGUGAUUGAUGUCAAGCAUGGUAACCUUGAUCUCCACCUGGGAGAUACCAUCAUGACUUUCAAGAUGGAGAAGCUGAAGGAUCCCACCAUAGAUGGUCAGACAUUCCAAGUCACUGCAAUACCUGAAGUGAUAGUUGGAGAUCAGAACGUGUUUGAUGCUGAGAUGGUGAGAGAUCAAUCUGAGUUGACGAAAACGUCUACAGAACCAGUGACUGCUGUUGAUCAGGAAGCUCCAAACAUUGCACUCCAUCCAUCUCCACCAAAGCAAAGGUACGCACCUCUUGAGCCUAAGCCUAAUUCUCGUGAUAUCAUUGGAACUGAUUCAAAGGAUGCAGGCUCUGUCUCACGACGCAAGCUACGAGAUUAUCGUAGAACACUUGGUUUUUCUAUUGAUGAUAUUGCAGGGAAUAGAUUGAGGCCACACAAACACAGAUCUCACCCUGGUGUUAUUCCUGCAUUCCUUGGACGACCUCAUGCCCACAACGCUUAUACACCACCAUGGAUGAGACGACUUUCACAUAGGCAUUCUUUGCCACUGUCUGAUCCACCAGAUGCAUAG